AUGCCCGGUCUCGACCUUGAGCAUGAGCCCCUCGCGGCCGACGACGUGAGAAUCCUGGGACAGGACCCCCUGAUCCCCCCGGCGCUCCUCAGCUCCGAGAUCCCCAUGACCGACGCCGCCCUCCAGACCGUCGUCCGCGGCCGCAACGAGGCCGUCGACAUCAUCAUGGGCAAAGACGAUCGCCUCCUCGUCAUCAUCGGCCCCUGCUCCCUCCACGACCCCGCCACCGCUCUCGAGUACUGCUCCCGCCUCAAGGCCGUCGCCGCCCGCCUCUCCGCCGACCUCUGCGUCAUCAUGCGCGCCUACCUCGAGAAGCCCCGUACCACCGUCGGCUGGAAGGGCCUCAUCAACGACCCGGACAUUGACUCCACCUUCAAGAUCAACAAGGGCCUCCGCAUCUCCCGCCAGCUCUUCAGCGACCUCACCACCGCGGGGAUGCCCAUCGCCAGCGAGAUGCUCGACACAAUCUCCCCCCAGUUCCUCGCCGACUUCAUCUCCGUCGGCGCCAUCGGCGCCCGCACCACCGAGUCCCAGCUCCACCGCGAGCUCGCCUCCGGCCUGUCCUUCCCCGUCGGCUUCAAGAACGGCACCGACGGCAACCUCGGCGUCGCCAUUGACGCCAUUGGCGCCGCCGCCGCCAAGCACCACUUCAUGGGUGUCACCAAGCAGGGCCUCGCCGCCAUCACCCGCACCAAGGGCAACGAGCAUGGCUUCGUCAUCCUCCGCGGCGGCUCCCACGGCCCCAACUUUGACAAGGAGAAUGUCCAAAAGGCAAAGGACACGCUCACCAAGAAGGGCCAGAAGCAGGCCAUCAUGAUUGACUGCUCCCACGGCAACUCCAACAAGGACCACCGCAACCAGCCCAAGGUCGCCGCCGUCGUCGGCGACCAGCUUCGUGAGGGCGAAAAGUCCAUCAUCGGCGUCAUGAUCGAGUCCAACAUCAACGAGGGCAACCAAAAGGUCCCCGCCGAGGGCCCCGCCUCGCUCAAGAAGGGCGUCUCCAUCACCGACGCCUGCAUCGACUGGGAGUCCACCGUCGACGUCCUUGAGGGCCUCGCCUCCGCCGUCCGCGCCCGCCGCGACCGCAACGCCGGCACCGCCAACGGCAACGAGGACUCUCACAAGGUCACCCACCUCGAGGAGGAGUAA